AUGCGUACUGUCGGCGGCGCCUUAUUCCUGCUGCAGGUAUGCUACGUGCUGGCAUUGCCGGGCGGCAAGGUGCACGGGCACGAGCUGGAGGAGAUGCCGCUGAUCCACGGCGAGCCGAUAAUAUCGGCGAAGGCGCGCGCCGCGCGUAUCGCAGAGUUCGUCUCGUCGCACAAGGUACCCGAGCACGCGCUGCGCAAGGACGCCCGGCUGUUGGAGCGUCGCCAAGACGACAGCCACGACGACGCGGACGAGGACGACGAGGCGCGAGACGAGGCUCGGCCCGGUCGGCAGCAGCCGCUACGUAGGGCCCACGUCGACCUCGAGAACUUCGGCAGCACGGGCUUGCUGCACGAGGACGAGUCGGCAAGAGGCUCCGGCCAUCGCGUCGGGCAGUACGCUGCCAGACAAGAGGAGCCGCUCUCUGGCGUCAGAGUCAGCUCGGAGAACCCGACGACAAUGUUGCCGAUUCUGACGACCCAGAGGGACUAUCGUCCAUUCGACUUUGUGCCAGUAAACAUCAUACGGGAAGAUGGCAAAGGAGGCGCCUCUUUUCUACCCUUCGAUAACAAGAAUUUCGAAGAUCUAGGGGAUGUGAAUCUCGUUCCGGCAGGCUCCAACACUCGAAUCCAGGUGAAGAAAGGUCCGAACGGCAAGGAUUACGAGUACGAGUACGUGUACUACUACUAUUACGACGAGGACGACGAGGGCAAAGGGUCCACUUCCAGUGGCGGCAAGGACGCGGCGACGAGAGGCCAGAGCAGCUCGCAGAGGCAGCGCGGCAAUUCCAACAGGAAUAAGUACAGCACGGUGGAGCGUAACAACGUGGGCUCGUCUUCGACGGCCGAGCCAGUGAUAAACGAGGUGAUCCCGAGCGCAGCGACCAACGGAAACGGAAACAGGGCAAGGCAACUGGAGAGCAGCCAUCACCACGAGGAAGUCGCAGAGGAGAGACUACCCACGAACACGCGUUUCCCGCCAAGAGCGCGCUCAAACCACGCAUCGCAGGAGCUGCCACAGCCAACGGAACGCGCGAGCCGCGGUCGCGGAAAUCGACAGCGUUCGUCCACCAUCGAACCCAUCGACUCGAGUAGCUUCCGUGGGCAUCAAGAAGGUCCCGAAUUCCCGCCGAAUUUACCGAACGGUCCUGUGAGAUUCCUCGGCGUGACGCCUAACGAGGGCAACGAGGAGAAAUCCACGACGACCGCUCGAGGACGCGCAAGACCAUCGAGAAUUCAGGAGCCAGCGCCGGUGCAAGAAGCCUACGACGAGCCUGUUUACGCGCGGAAACGACCUGCUUCCGGCCAGUACGAGGUGAAUUCACAAGCGCACUUCCGUCAGCAGUCGUACCAAAGCCGCGACGAAGAGUUCGGCACCCCAGGACCAAGCUACUUACCAACGUCGAGUCCGCGCAGUACUCAGCACGAGGAGCUCGAGUCUUACACCGACUAUUCGACCGAAGUGACCGAUGCGCCGACCACUCAGGUGCCCUCGGCCAUGCAGAAAGUUGCUCUCGACCUCUAUGCUUUCCUGCAGCAAGGUCGCAGCAACCUAGUCGACUUCGUGAAGGAGGCCGACGACGAAAGCACCGAGUCCGGCGUCGCCGCCGACAAUCUCACCACCGAGCUGCCGCUCACUACUGGCCUCGACGACGAUGCCACCUCGCCCCCGCACACCACCGCUCCGACCACCACCACGACCACCACCAGCACCACCAGCACCACCACGACUACGAGCAGCACGACGACGACUGCUGCGCCGCCAGCUGCGAGUACCGAGGAGCCGUCGAGCCCUGGCUUCGGCCGCAACAAGUUCAAGCGACCCGGCAUCGCCGGAUCGCCAGCGGCCUCCCGCCACCGAUUCAAGUCCGGCAACGGCGCGGCGACCACCGAGCCCAGCGCGCCCGACUCCAGCGUGCCAGCCAGUCCGACCCAGCGCACGCGCGGUCGAUUCGGCGCUCACGCGACCCCGGCAGGCGGCACUCCUGCCUUCAAGCGCGCCAGACCGUCGAUCCAGAAGCACCAGUCGCCCGAGGAGCCGGCCGCGCAGAAGGACAGCGCCGAGAAGGCGAACCAAGACGCGGCCAAGACUGCGCCGCGCGGUCGCUACCGCGGCACCUCGGCGAGGUCCGGCGCGCAGGCGCCCGCCAAGACGACCGCUGCGCCGAGCACCGCCUCGUCCGAGAAAGCGGCGCCACCGCCGCCGCCGCCGCCGCCGCCGCUCGGCCCCGCUGUGCACCGACCCGCCGGGCUCAACAAGCUGGCCGGCCUGAAUAGACGCCGCGGCGGCAGGCCGGGAGCCCCGGCCGCUGCCGCUGCUGCGCCGGCCGCCACCGACGAUGGUACGUGAACGGGCGCUCCCGAGCAGACGGCCCCGCCGGCCGGUCCAGUGCCGGAGGGCGCGGAGCCGCAGAAGACGGCGCCGAGGAUAGCCGUCGGCGGGCCGAGGGCCAAGCCUCUGGGCAAGCCCCUCGCGAAGCCUGGCGCGGCGAGACUGAGCAGCCUGAGGCCGAGACUCGGCGGCCCGACCAGCACGACCACCACGGAGAGCCCCGCCGAGGCUGCCCCGGCCGCCGAAGCCGCCGUCGAGGAGCCGGCCAGCGAGGGGACCGAGGAGGAGACCAGACAGGCGGCAGCGGAGGCGAGUCCCGCGACCAAGCCCACCACGGCCAACCCGCUGAGCAAGCUCCGCCAGCGCAACAGGAUCCAGGUGCACCCGAGGACGACGACCGCCCGGACGACCAUCUCGCCGGCGGCGCGCCGCUCGAACUUGUUGCCGAGGCGCAAAACUACCGAGGCGCCGCCGGAAGCCGAGCCGCUUGUGACCGAGGCCGAGGCCGAGGCCGGCCAGGACGAGGCUGCCGACUCGACGGAGAGCCAGCCGGCGGCGACGCCGCUCGAGACCAGUACUGCCGCCGCCAAGCACGAGGAAAGCCGAGCUCUCAGCAGCCUCCUCGCGCCGAGACGUAGGAUAGCGCCGAGGAGACCAGGACAGCCAAUCGCCCCGGCGAACGGCGACUAAAUUCUUCUCCGGCGAGUCGAUUGAAAAACAAUAUCAAGCGAACGAAUGGGAACGUUUCGCUGAAGCGGCUUCAUUCUAUAGUC